CUCUGUGUGUUUAUCCGGCUGAGGACCGAAGACUCGGAAUACAGUUGGAUUUCAGACAACCUUGAUGGAAAACCUCGUAUGACCUGACAAGCUGAGGGUUCCUCAAAAAGGCAAAUAAUGCCAAGUUUACUCCAUUUGGACCGCAAUGAAGAGUGGACUUAUCCUAUUAAUGGGCCUUUCAUUGGUUGUUACCUUCACUUCCUCCUGCUUUUGCUAUGAGCACAGGAAGCUAGUGCCUGAAAAUGGGACAGACUUAGAGGAACAUGGAACUAAAUUCCUUGUUUCCAUCUCAGGAAGAAAACACUUUCCGAAAUUGUGAAUGGAAGGCUAUUCCUCCUAUAUCUUCCCCCUGGAUUUUCAAUAGCCAUUGAAUAGUUGAAAGAAAUAACCUAAGUGCUGAAAUUCCAUGAAAGGAAUAUUAGGGUCUCCUAAAUUCUUGGACCCUCAGCAAUACAUUUCAUGGAGGGCUUCAUUAACCCUUCACUCCUGGCCAAGCUGUUCAAUGGCAACUGGCAAGUCUCAUCACACAAUGUCUCUUGAGAAGAUGAACUAUCUCCAACUGAAUGAAGAGCCCCUAAAUACAGAAACCAAAGAAAUCAACGGGAUUCUCAUGACCAAGACGAUAAGUGAUAAUUGGGACAAAAUUUGGAACUUCCAAGCCAAGCCUGAUGAUCUGCUCAUUGCAACAUAUGCAAAAGCAGGUACGACCUGGACACAAGAGAUUGUGGAUAUGAUCCAAAAUGAAGGGGAUAUAAAGAAGUGCCAACGAGCUAACACCUUUGAUAGGCAUCCUUUUCUUGAGUGGGUUCUGCCUCCACCCCUCAAUUCUGGUCUGGAUCUAGCUAUUAAAAUGCCUUCUCCAAGAACACUGAAAACACAUCUACCUGUCCAGAUGUUACCACCAUCUUUCUGGGAACAAAAUUCAAAGAUAAUCUACGUGGCAAGAAAUGCAAAAGAUUCCCUGGUAUCUUAUUAUCAUUUCUCAAGAAUGAAUAAAAUGCUACCUGACCCAGGUACCUUGGAAGAAUUCAUUGAGGAAUUCAUGAAUGGGAGAGUGCUCUGGGGUUCCUGGUAUGAUCAUGUGAAAGGAUGGUGGGAUGCAAAAGAAAAACACCCCAUUCUUUAUCUGUUCUAUGAAGACAUGAAAGAGGAUCCAAAGCAGGAAAUCCAGAAGAUUUUAAAGUUCCUGGAAAAGGACUUAUCAGAGGAAAUCCUCAAUAAGAUCAUUUAUCACACCUCUUUUGAUAUCAUGAAGGAAAAUCCUAUGGCAAACUAUACUACAUUGCCUUCAAGCAUACUGGAUCACUCCAUUUCCCCAUUCAUGAGGAAAGGAAUGCCAGGGGACUGGAAGAACCAUUUUACUGUUGCCCAGAAUGAGAAAUUUGAUGAAGAUUACAAGAAGAAGAUGGCAGGAACCACUUUGACUUUUCGCACAGAGAUCUAAGGGAGGAAAUGAUGGAAACUCACCUAAAUUUUUUUCCCUGGAUUUUUUCCCCAUUAAAUCUCAUGGCCACAUGUACAUCAAACUAUAAAUGUCUUUUUCUGUCUUGCUCUUUCUACCAACACUCCAUUUUCUUAUCAGUUAAUCAGUAAGCUUUAUUAUUGCAUAUUAAACACAAACCAGGCAACGGUGAUAAAAAGACAAAAAUGAAACAAUUCCUCCUUCAGUGAGUUUCUACAUGUAUCAUCUCCUUAUU